AUGGACGACCACCCGCAGAGACAGGUGCAUUUGCCACACCCUUCCUCUUCCUCGAGGCUCGACCAUCCGCCUCAGCACCCCCAUUUUCAAGCCCAUUAUCGCCAUCAGCAGGACAUCCAUGGGCCCCUCUCCGCCAGCGUUGUUGAAGGCCGACGUGCCUUCCCCUUCCACUCAUCCCUGCGCUCGACACCCUUGUCCUUCUCGACCCCCGCCCCUCCCUCGGUCAAUCUAUCAGUGGCGGACAUUCUAGACAAAUACCAGGAUGCCAAAAGUGAUUUCUUGGUCUCCAUCCUCAAUGCCAAGGCCAAGGAGGAUGAGAGAAAGGCCGAAGAGGAACGGUACAAGACUGAGCAGAUAAAACUUCAGUCGAAGCAGCUCGAGUUGGAGCUCGCCAAGGAGAAGCGCCGAGGAGGAUCCCCUUCAGCAGCACGACCUAGCUACGCUUCGGAAUCAUCGACAGGACACUAUCCUUCAUCGUCAAACUCGUACUACAACAAUAGCGGCAGUGGUAACAAUAAUAACAACAGCAAUAGCAACAACCACCCUUACUCACCCUACCCUUCAGGAGAUGGCCCACGAUCGCAUCAGCCCAAUGGUGGUAGUAUCCAUCGCGAUCACCACAACUCUCACGGACCCCAGGAUACCCAGGAUUAUGCUCCAUCACCAGUUCGCCAGGAUAUGCACAUGCUCCCAAGCCCUCAGAGUCGACCCCCUGUCCUCAAAAUCAACACCUCAGUGCGCCAAUACGUGCCUCAACCUCACUCAUCCCAGCGCUUGCCACCGUCGCCUCGUGCAACCUUGCCACCCUUGCCUGCAACAGCCCCUGCAAAGAGUAACGGACGACACUACAACUUUCCGCCCUUAUCGACUUCAUCUGCACAGUCGUCACCUAUCGGAGUGGUUGACUAUCAAUCACAUAUCCCACCCCCUGUCACACCUAAGGACGAUCUUUCUCCAACUUCUGCACUCUCGCCUACACAGUCGCACAACCUGAAGCGCAAGUCGAUCCACCAUGAUGCUGUCAUGGAUGCCGUCCGUGCAAAGGUCUUCAGGAACGCAUCAGCAUCGGCAGCCUCUGGGCAGAACCAGCAAAAGAAAUCGACAUCCAUCGACUCUGAGCGUGAAUCGACCCGCCGAAAGAUCCAUCAUGGACCCACCUCUCCUGAGGCAACCAAGAGACCUACUGAGCUGCCGCAGCCCGUGUCAGCACCAGCGUCAUCAGAGCCCAAGCAGCAACAGCAACAGCAACAACAACAACAGGAUGAAUACCGACCCGUGAAACUGGAGGGUCCCUUGUUGUCAUCGUUGCAACUGACAACCUCGCCUCACUCGCCUUCACCUGGAAACGUGGACAACAGAGAUUCCAACCAUGGCGCCAACCGGUCGGGAUCUGGAUCCCCCACCUCUGCGAACGCUUCGUCCAACACUCGCCGUCCUUCCAACAACAGUAGCAACAAGUCUCGACCUUCUCUCUCAGGCCCUACUAGCGCAGAGGGAAGAGACUCAAGAGAGAUCGUCGAAGGAACUUCCAGUUAA